AUGGCUGAAGAAGACCAUGGAGAUCCGAAUCAGUGCAAAUUGCUCGUGGGGUGGAUGGCCCUGGCUGCUCAGGGCUCGUUGGUGGUGCUGGUGAUAUGCGCCCUCCUUUACAAAAGACACCAAGAAAAUCCCCGACGGCCACUGUUCGUGUGGGGCCUGGAUGUAGCAAAGCAGGGAUUUUCUGCACUAGCAUGCCACUUUGCGAAUUUGUCCAUUUCCUUACUGGUAUCAAUGGACAAUGCAGAGGCGUCACAGUGCAGCCUUUACUUUGCUGUUUUCAAUGUUGACCAGGUCCUAGGAACCACAACCACGAUUCUGAUUCACAAGAUGCUAGUGGGGAUUGCAAGGAGGACAAGGAGGGAUAGGUCAGGCGAGCAUGACAUCGAGGGAGGGACAACUGGGAAGCAGUGGGGCGUGUUAGAGGCCAUUUCCCUUUGUGGCUUCUAUGGUGACCCCCCAAGUCUGAGGAGGUGGGGUGUUCAAGUCUCGGAAUGGGUAGCUGCUGUUCUGAUGGCACGGUGCAUGUCGGGGACUUUUGACCUUCUAAUGAAAGAUAUUCUUCUUGUAGUUGUGGCCCAAGCAGUGGAUCGCAGAUUUGAUGGCCAUCCCCAGGCGCUGCUGUUCUUUGUCAUGGUAUUCUACCCUCUGAUGGUGAACAUCACCGUUGCAAUCAUGGUGGAUGGCGUUUUGAAGCGCAAGAAGAGACGGCAUCGAACAAGGAGCACACGUGUUGGUGAUGAAACGCCUUUAAUUAUUGCAACAAGCAGUCCAGAGGUCGAACUUCGACAGUGCGAAUUGGCAGUUUGCUCAGAUCAAGCGAUAUAUGAAAGUGGGAAUACCAGGGAGCAAGAGGAUGUUGAAGAAGCUGGGGUGGCCUCGCCGUCGAUUGUGAGUGCUAUGGAAUAA